AUGAAGGCCUGCGUCUCCCUGAUAGUGGCCAUACUCUGUGGUUUGGCCUGGGCUGGAAACCUGGAGUCAUGUGCGUCUCGCUGUAACGAGAAAUUUAACCGGGAUGCAGACUGCCAGUGUGAUCGUCAGUGUCCCCAACAUGAUGAUUGCUGUGACGACUAUGGACAUCUGUGCACUGCUGAAGAAGACCCGCCUGAGCCAAAGGCAUUCCUGGAUCCAGAGGAUGAGAUCCCAGUCAGCCACCUGUACGCUGCACCAAACUCCUGCCAGGGCCGCUGCCGGGAAGCCUACGACAAGCACCAGCCUUGCCACUGCAAUGACCGAUGCCAAGAGUUUGGGAACUGCUGUGAAGAUUUUUACAGCCUGUGCAGUGGCCAUGAGGGCUUCUCCCACCGCAGCGAUGCUGUAACCAACGAGGACCUUCAGAGUAUCUCUGAGACCAUCUACAGGGUAGACACCAAUAAAGCCCACAAGGAAGACAUUGUCCUCAACAGUCAAAACCGUGUCUCCCCGUCAGAGACAGGGAACCAAGUGGACCGCUGUCCGGAGCCGCUUUUCACUUACGUCAACGAGCAGCUGUUCACCAAGCCUACCUACGCAGCUUUCAUCAACCUCCUCAACAAUUACCAGCGGGCCACCGGCCAUGGGGAGCACUUCGGUGCCCAAGAGCUGGAGGAGCAGGCUCUCUUCCUCAGGGAGGUCAUGAAGACAGCUGUCAUGAAGGAGCUCUAUGGUUUUCUCCAUCACCAGAACCGCUACAGCUCCGAACAAGAGUUCGUGGAUGAUUUGAAGAACAUGUGGUUUGGACUGUACUCAAGAGGCAACGAAGAAAGAGAUUCGAGUGGCUUUGAACAUGUCUUCUCAGGCGAAGUGAAAAAGGGCAAGGUCACUGGCUUCCACAACUGGAUCCGCUUCUACCUGCAGGAGAAGGAGGGUCUGCUUGACUAUUACAGUCACAACUACGAUGGGCCUUGGGAUUCCUACCCCGACGUGCUAGCCAUGCAGUUCAACUGGGAUGGCUACUACAAGGAAGUGGGCUCAGCUUUCAUUGGCAGCAGCCCUGAGUUCGAGUUUGCCCUCUAUUCUCUGUGCUUCAUCACCAGGCCAGGCAGAAAGUGCCACUUAAGCCUGGGUGGGUAUCCUCUGAGCAUCCAGACCUACACAUGGGAUAAGACCACCUACGGAAAUGGCAAGAAGUACAUUGCCACAGCCUACAUAGUGUCGUCUACCCAAUAGAGUUGGCAGCCAGAUGGGCUAUGAGGGCAGGGGGCCAAGCCAGAUCCAGGUGCUAUUUGUUCUUUACUGGGGAGGGGAGGGACGAGUCUGGGAAGAAUGCCAAACCCCAGUUUUAUGAAAGAGAUCUCAACUCUAGAAACGCCCAUGUGGGAGAGAGAAGAAAGGAUACAAUUAGAAAAAAAAAUGUAGAGAAUCAGCCAAAUCUUUGUUGUCUUAUAUUCUAGCAACAUGAACUAAGAAAUAGAGCCCCUCUCUCUCUGGCAAAGGUAGCAGCCCUUGAGAGUUCUUUAAAGUGUAGUGGGGCCAUGAGCAAGUCCUUGGCCUCAUAUUUCCCUUUAAUGUGAAGGGGAGGGUCUUCUGCCUUUCCUGUGUGGGGCUUGGGGAGAGGGUGAUGCAGACAGUAUUAUGACUGGGAGGUGUCUUCAGGUGUUUGUAGGAAGAACCGGUGGUAGAAAUUGGGGGUUUCCGAAUGGCUGUCUCUGCAACUGAGACUCAGCCUUGUGCUGGGCCCCAAAGAAGCAGGUCUAAGACCCAAGCAGGAAAGUCUUGGAGAGUCAAAUUCGUGAGAGUGUGUAGUCAGGGGUUGGGCGGUUGGAAGUGGGCUAGGGCAGGUGGCCUCCUCGAUCCUAGAUGUCUGUGUGGCCACGUGAGCAUCUGCUUCUAGAAGUUUCCCCCUUGCAGACAUUUAGUGCAGUAACAGACAUGUGUUUUGAUCCCACAUAGAACUUUGUUUUGUUUCAAAAGAACAGCCCUCCUAGGAGGAAGAUUGAGCAUCCAAGGAAGAAAAGACUCUCUCACUCGGUGUCACUGGCAAUUAUACUAAAGUUUAUCCAGCUGCCAGAAUUUGGAACAUCCUAGGCUGGUAGAAGAGGGACCCUGGGGCUCCUGUUUCCAUCUCUAUGAUGUAUUUAUUGACCCCUGAUGCUCAGGAGCCAGGUGUGGCCCCACAGAGCCAGCCUUGUACCACAGCAUAGAGGCAUCAUGUUUCCAAUUAAA